AUGACAGAAAAGAAUCAGAUCGAUAUGUCUCCAAGCUCUCAACAUGUGGAGUCUAAUGAUCCGGAGAAACACGAGCCGCAGGUGGUGAUCCCUCAAGAGCGCCAGUCGGUCAUUCGCAGAAAGGUUCAUCAAUCAUUCCUUGUGGUAUGUACGACCUUUUAUUUACUGUUCUUUAGUUUGACCGACGCGUCUUGCCAAUUGUAUGCAUUCUGUACAUUCUAUCAUACUUGGAUCGAGGUAAAGACCCCCACCAAUCCAUGUGGUCCUCUAUCUCACCGAUCACCAGGAAACAUUGGCAACGCAAAGACUGCUGGGCUUGACAAAGAUCUGAACCUCAGUGACUACCAAUGGUCCUGGGUUUUGUAUGCCUUCUACAUCUGUUACAUCAUGUUCGAAUGGACCACCGUCCUAUGGAAGAUCCUUCCAGCGCAUUCAUAUAUUGCCAUUCUCUGCAUUUGCUGGGGUGCGGCUGCAAUGUGUAGUGGUGCAGUCAACACCUUUGCUCACCUUGUCGCCACUAGGUCGUUGCUGGGUAUCUUCGAAUCUGUGUUUGGCUGUGGUGCACCGUACUUCCUCUCUCUGUUCUACCAAAGACAAGAACUAGGGUUAAGAGUAUCACUACUCCUUGGCAUGUCCCCAGUUGCCAACUGCUUCGCUUCUGCUCUCGCCUACGGUAUCACCCAAAUCAAGGGAUCUAUAGAGCCAUGGCGCUACCUAUUCAUCAUUGAGGGCGCACCCACAGUCCUCUUCUCAGUAGUAGUUUUCUACUUCCUCCCAGACUCACCAGGCACAGCGUCUUUCCUAGACGAAAGACAACAAACAGAAGCGGUAGAACGCCUCCAAUCAUUCGACACGACAGAAAAGAAAAAAAUCAGCUGGUCCCAAGUCCUAGGCGGAUUAAAAGACUACAAAAACUACAUCCACACAUCGAUCCACUUCUGCUGCAACUACUCCUUCGCCGGUCUCUCAAAUUUCCUCCCCACAAUCAUCCAGCACAUGGGCUACACAUCCAUCAAUGCCCAAGGCCUAGCAGCACCACCCUACCUCGUCUCCUUCCUCUGUUGCGUUGCAGCCGCCUUCCUCUCAGAUAGAUGGGGAAACAGAGGAUUCUUAAUAUCGUUCUUCGCGACGAUCGGAACAAUUGGCUAUCUCCUCCUCACAUGCGUGCAAGAUGAAUCCAAAACUGCAGCACGAUAUGCGGGCGUUUGGCUAGCGACUUGUGGGAUCUUCCCUGCGCUCGCGCUGAAUGUGACUUGGAUGCUUAACAAUCAGGGUGGAGAGAGUAAGAAGGGCGCUGGAAUGGCUCUUCUGGCUGUUUUUGGACAGUGUUCUAGUUUGAUUAGUAGUUCUGUCUUUCCAGAUUCUGAUGCGCCGCUUUUCACGAUGGGGUGUGCGAUUGGUGUUGCUUUCACUGGGUUGAUUGCUUUCUUGGCUUUGGGGUUGAGUGUUAAAUUGACUUUGGAGAAUCGGAGACGUGAUCGGGUUUAUGGCACUGUUGAUCCUGAGGAGAGGGUCGAUGUUACUGAGGGUGGUGAUAAUCAUCCUAAGUUUAGGUAUUUGACUUGA